CUGGCCUAUAAACGUCAUCAUUAUGCGCCCAGAAGAGCUAAACGCAUGGGUGCGUGAGAUCAGUGUUUUAUCGCAUGUGUAACGAGAAAACAUUAUUUUUAAAUAAGUUUGCGUAUUAAACAGGACAUCCGAUAUUCACUUUCGUGUGUACUGUGGCAGCACCUCGUCUGUAAAAUGCAGUCAGUGAAGAUCGGACGCUGUGCCCUUCUCACUUCCAAAAUCUCGCAGGUAACGUUAAUGCGCAGUUCUUGUAGUUCACAGUUCGGCUGGGGACAGAUCGCGUGCACUUGCGCGGGUGUACGCAGAAUGACAAGCGCUAGCUCACAGCCUGUGGUGAUCCGCAUCCCGAGACGCAUGCAAGAACAUAUAGAGAACAUCAAACAAAUGCAAAGCAAGAAGUUUGACAAGCUGCCAACAGUCAAGCCUGGAAGACUGUUGAUCAAGAGCAAGAACCCUCAGCUAAACCAGUCUGUCGGCUAUACACUUGGGAAAUUUGAACAACCUGAUCUGACAUCCAAGGCAUGGAAGAGUAACAAAGCGUUGGGGGAUUACUUCUCCAUAAACAGCAUCCAAAGUGCUCCUCCAUCUGUCCUCAAGCAGAAGGACGUGGGUGAUCACAGUGCUUCCGCCCCACAGAAGACAUUUAAAUGCUUUAAUAUUUGUCCAGAACUGGUCGAGACUUUACACAGUCAGAAUAUAAUUCACCCCAACACAGUGCAGAUGCAAACCAUUCCCAAAAUACUCAAAGGACGCAAUAUUCUGUGUGCUGCAGAGACAGGAAGCGGAAAGACACUUGCUUACCUCCUUCCCAUCAUCCACAGGCUGCAGGAGGAGCCCUUCACUGACACCGAGAGAAACAUUCGUGCUGUGGUCAUCGUGCCUUCACGGGAACUAGCAGAACAAGUGACAUCUGUCGCUCGAUCGGUCAGCAAACCAUUUGGACUUGUGGUCAAAGUCGCAGGAGGUGGGAGAGGUGUGGGAAACAUCAAAGUGGCGUUCACUCACGGUCAGCCGGAUGUUUUAGUGGCCACUCCUGGCGCCCUGCUGAAGGCCCUCUGGAAGCGCUUCAUUAACUUGAACCAACUAAACUUCCUAGUCAUCGAUGAAGCCGACACUAUGUUUGACGAAAGCUUUGCAGGCAUGCUUGAGAAUAUUCUUUCACACACCGAGGUGGCCUCCAGGCUUUCUGAGACGGUUGGGCUCGUCCGUAAAGCUCAGCUGGUCGUGGUGGGAGCCACAUUUCCGGGUGGCGUUGGAGAGGUGCUCAGUAAGGUGACUGACCUGGCCAGCAUGGUGACCGUUAAAAGCCGGAUGCUACAUCAUCUCAUGCCGCAUGUAAAGCAGACGUUUCUCAGGGUCAAAGGUGCAGACAAGAUUCUAGAGCUUCACCAGGCCCUGAAGAAGGCCGAAAUGGAGCACAAAGGCGUUUUGGUGUUCUGUAACUCUGCUUCCACUGUGAACUGGCUGGGUUACUCACUGGACGAAAUGGGUGUUCGUCAUAUGAGGCUCCAGGGAGAGAUGCCUGCGACUAUGAGAGAAGGGAUUUUCAGGAACUUUCAAAGAGGGAAUGUUGAUGUUCUGAUAUGCACUGACAUUGCUUCGAGAGGUUUGGACACACAGAGAGUCGGACUUAUCGUCAAUUAUGACUUCCCUGAGACCCACACUGAUUACAUCCACCGCGCAGGGCGCGUGGGGCGAGCCGGUGGCUCCGAGGGAGGGGAGGUGCUGAGCUUCGUCACACACCGGUGGGAUGUGGAACUGGUGCAGAGAAUAGAGACAGCAGCCAGGAGGAGAACAUCUUUACCAGGGAUGGAAUCAGAGAUUCAGAAACCCAGCAAUAAAACAGAAAGAGAGAUGAGCGAAAAGUGAUGGAGAAAAGUGACUAAGUUAAGAUCUAAACUUUAGCCUUACAAAACAAUGAAAUGAUUAUUGUAUAUUUGUUGUAUUAAAACUUUAAAAUAAACAUUUAAAGAACAGUUCUAAAUCUUAUGUUCAAAUUUAGUUCACCUGAAAAACUGAAAAUUUUGUCAUGUAUUUGUCCUGAUGUUGUUCCAAAACUAUGUCUUUCUUUCUUCUGUAGAACACAAAGAUAUUCUAAAAUCUCUCUCUCUCUCUCUCUCUCUAUUAUUUUGGACCCCCUUGAAUUUCAUUGUAUGGACACAAACAGCUGAAAGCUUCUGUACAAGAAAAAAAAACAGAGAUUUGGAAAUAAAGCGUUCUUUGUAUAUUUGUUGUAUUGAACCUUUAAAGACCUAAACAUUAAAAACAUUUUGGCCUAA